AUGGUUGUUUUAGGACUUUUUCUUUCAGCAAUUCUUGAAAAUAUCACUUCAUUAGAACCGUUUGAUCCUCAGAAUCACUAUUAUACAUUUAAAGUUCAAUGUACUUCAUGUAGAGAAAUUCAUCCUAAUUUUGUUAAAAUAUCACCAAGCGAGACAGUUAAUAUUCCAAAUAGCCGAGGAAAAGCAUCUCUUGUCUGGAAAUGUAAAAAUUGCCAAAAAGAAAACUCUGCUAAUAUUCAUGAAAAAGUAUCUCAAUAUACAUUUGAAAUAUCACCUCAAGAAUCACAUAUUCUUUCAUUUGAAUGUCGUGGUUGUGAAUUUAUAGAAUUUUAUCCAGAUGGUGAAUGGUGUUGCAAAGGUGUUGAAUCAGGUACAUUAUUCCGUGGAAUAAAUUUAAUUGAAGGUGAAUGGUAUGAUUAUGAUGAAAAUCCUAAAUGAAGUAUCUAUUACAAA